UCCAACUAACGUUUGUAAUCACAUUUCAAUCCAUGGUGCAGUUGGAUGAAUAAAGUAACAAAGAAUGGGAAAAGAAAUCAUUUAUUUAAUAGGCAUUUGUUUUUAUAUUUUAGUUUGUGUGGCAUCAGUUUCAGGAGACCCCAGUCUAAAAGCACCCAAAGACAAUGUAAUUGUUGGUAGUGGAAAUAAGCUCAAAAUGGAAGACUCUGAAGAUGACGGGUACGACAGCGGCCCGGCCGACGAUGACCUGCCAAGGAACUGGCGAGUGCUACAAUCAAGUGAUGUAUUGACUCCGCCAGAACUACUACCGUUAGCCAAAAGAUUAAUAGCAAAAGUUGACACUGUUAAACCAGGAGAAGGCACAGGCGUCGUAAGCUCGGCCAAAAGUGCAGAAAAUUUAGCAGACGUUUUAUUUCAAAGAUUUUUUAUGACAGAUCGACGCAUCAAGCAGAUAAGCAAAAUUGAUAUUGCUGGUCUUGAUGCUCUUCAAGCGUUGGCCCUAGACGGGUCAGGAAUUCACAAGAAUCUGAAACUUGUGAGCGUCGAUGGCGGUCGAUGUUACAUGGAUGAAUUUGACAAAGACGGAGUUGUGCAUAACAGCAUGUGUUACCCCACGCGCCCGGGUCACAGACAAAGCAUAUACAGCUUACUAACUAAACCAAUUAAUACAAUUGAAGAAGAGAAUGCCGAAAAUAGACGUCAAAGAAACUCUGGCGUGCCUCAAAGUCGAAUUAAACUUCUGAGCAAACUACAGAAAAAUAGACAAAUAGUGGUGAAUGGUAACCGUAAAUUUAACCAAGACCAGAAUAAGGAAGCGGAAUCGAUGACCAAAGGAGGAACUAAAGGUCCCAGUGUCAAAAUGGGUAAUCGACCACAGACCGCGGACACUCCCAAACCCCACCAAAUGAAUAUCAAAAAAGGUCCCACUCCCAAUGUCAAAAUAGAUAAUCGACAGAACGUGGCCACUUCCAAACCUCAUGACACCCUUAACAAUAAAGAACAUUUAAAGGGUUGUCGUUGGAAGUUCGAAUGUGUGACUGCACGGAACCUUGACACGUGCCGGCUCAAGACGACUUGUCCCGGCGACAAGGAACCAGACGUAGACCAUGAAAAAGAGAAAAUACACGACGACUUUAGAAGAAUGAUUGGUAUCGCGUCCGUGGAUGAAGAGGUGGAAAAAAUAUUGGAAUCUCGAGUGUUGCACUUACGUCCUAUGUGGUUUAGAAAUCGUAGCCGUAAACGUAAAGAUGAACUAUGAUCGUGUCUGGUAGUUGAUGCUGUGUAUCGACUCUGAAUCGACUUAUGACCGAAUUUAAUUUUUACAUAUUGAAGGUGUUUUUUUAACCAAGAUCAAACAAUUACACAUAUUGAAAAAACCUUAUGUACUAAUAAAUAAGUUGCAGAAAAUAAUAA